AGAAAGAAAAAAAAAACCUAAUCGCAUUUCCGGUCGACGCGAGGCUCCUCUAACCACCUUCGGUUUGGUUUGUGUUUCUUUAUCGACUAGUUUGCAUGUGUUUGUUCUUGGUGUUGAAUAACUUUGAUCGGAGUUCUAGAUACUGAUGUUUGUUUGGUUUUGGAGGCACCUAAUCUACGGUGGUGAUCGUCCGACUUGUCUCUGGGAAGGGAGGCUUUCAGCUUCUGCUUCGCCGGCUUAUGCUUCCGAGAGGUGGUGGCUUCUUCAGCAUCUAUCGUCAGCUUUGUCCCUCGGAUUUAUCCUGAUCUUGUCGAUUUAUGAAUAUGUGCUUCAUCCGCUACUCUGCCUCUCGAGCUAAUAUAUGUGUCGCAUGCUUGUAUGUCGGUGAUGGAUGAUAUGGUAGGCAUUUAAUUUCUGGUGAUUUCGUAGAUCUGUGUGGGUAUUGUUGCUCGUUGUUGAGCUUUAGUUUAAAGCUUCUUUGGUUGUUUUCGGUGUUUGGGCUUUUGUAGUUUCGGUGUUUGAGCUUGGUCUAUGUUAGACCUCGUUUUCUCUAAUUAUAUUACAGAUGGCAAAAGAAAAAAAUAGAACAUUUGAUUGUCGUGUCUAAAUGUUAUUUAUUUUAUAAUUAAUAGAUGUAUCAAGAUACAACAUCUAUAUACUAAAUUGUUCAUUAAAUAUUUUAUAAUAACAUUUUAGUGCUAUUAGUUAAAAAGACAAGGGCAAAAUUUAUAUGACACAAUAAAAUAAUUAUUAUGUUCGAAUAAAUAUGUUCAAAAAUAUAUUUAUAACAAAAAUAUUAUUAUAAAUAAAUCUGAUUUUACGAUUAUGGCAGAAAAACUUAAUUCCGUGGAAAUUUUGAUUCUGUAGAUUCAAUGGGAAAAAUAAUUUUGCGUUUUUUGGAAAAAAUGUGUCUUUGCAAUUUUGACGAAAACUUGAUUUGUCAUUCUGCUGAAAAAAAUCUGAUUUUGCGGUUUUAGUGAAAAAAUUUAAUUUUAUAAAUUUGGCGGAAAAUUAAAUUUUGAAAUUUUGCGGUUUUUAUAAGAAAACAUAAUUUGUCGUUUUGGGAGAAAUUUUGAUUUUUAAUUUUUGGAUGGAAAUCCUAAUUUUUCGGUUUUGGAAAAAUUCAAUUUAACAUUUCUAGCAAGAAACGUCGACUUUGUGAUUUUGGUAUAAAAGUUUUAGUGGUUUUGGAAAAUUUACGAUUUUGAAUUUUGGACAAGAAAAUUUGAUUUUGGAUUUUGACAGGAAUACAAGCACAGUAGUGUAACUAAAUAAAAAUUAUAUAUAUACCUUGUUUUAAGUUUCAUCACUAAAAAGUCAGUUUUUUUUUUGAGCAAUACUAAAAAGUCAAUUUUAUAGGAUGUUUCCGUUAGACCAUUAUUCAGAAUCUAAUUUUUAUGAACUUGAAAGGAUGAACAGCCAUUGGGGUCAAUGGUGACUAUAGUCUGAUUCAACUCGUGGAAAUGAGUUAUACGUUUUACAAUUUUCUACAAUACCAUAUAAUUUUAUUUUAUAACUAACUCAUUAGCUUUUUAUAUAUUUUUACUUUAGCUAAUAGGUAAACCAAGAAAUGUUUAAUUAUCCGGUUUAAUUAACACAUGAUUUGAGCAUCUAUUUCAAACUGAUGUUUUUAGUUGGGGUGGGGGGAGGGCUUAGAGGUCAAGUUUUAGACUUUAAAUGGUAACAACCGCACCGCACCGCACCGCAGUUAACAGUAACAAAAAUCAAUGGGUUAAUAUAAUGGAUAGUAAUCUCACUAAAGUGUUACUGAAGAGUUAAAACAAGAGUAAAUAACUAAAUACAGUCAAAUAGAAAGAAAACAAAAGAAAGACAAUAGAAAUUUGUAUUUAAUAACUGGAUUCCAAAGCUUCAUGUGUCUAUUCAAUACACUGUUCACACUCUCUCUGUCUAAGUUUUUUUGAACUUAAGACCAAAUGAAUAACCCCAAAUCCCAAACACACAAGCAUAAACCCCAAAAAACUCUCUCCAGUUAAAAGGAACGAAAACAACAAAUAGCCACACACUUGUCUCUGCUAACGUUCGCAUUCUCGCCGGUUCUUGCUAAUGGGCGCUCUCCGUCGCCGCCGACGCUUUAUUCUCGCUGCACUCGCCACAUUUGCUCUCCUCCACCUCUUCUUGGCCGUCUCCACAGUUUCCGCGGGUGGAUGGCUUGGUCAAAGAACCGGGUCGGAUUUUCACGGUCAUUUUACGGGGAAUAAGCGGUUUGGCGGACCUGGUUCAUCACCACCGACGUGUAGAUCGAAGUGUGGGAAAUGUCAGCCGUGUAAACCUGUUCAUGUACCGAUACAACCCGGUAUGAGCAUUCCAUUAGAGUAUUAUCCUGAAGCUUGGCGGUGUAAGUGUGGCGACAAGAUUUUCAUGCCGUAGAUUGUUAAAGAGUGUUUUAGUGCUUUUUGUUUUGUUUUUCUCAUUUCUCUCACUUCAGUUUCGCUGAUUAAUUAGUGUAAUCAAACUUUUGUGUUAAUAAUUUAAUAUUAAAAUGUUAGUCUCUAGGAAGGCAACUUUCGCUGUGA